UUUCACCGGUUUUGCCGUCCGGCUGCAGAGGACAUCGCGGUGGUGUUCCGGAAGGAGACGUGGGAGGCGCGGGCCGACUUCUCGCAGGCCGACGUCCAUCGGCAGGUGGCCAUCGUGCUGCGCACGCCGCCGUACCACUCGCUGCAGCUGGAGGAGCCCGUCCAGGUGGAGGUGUUCCUGCAGCGCCUGACGGACCGCGCGCGGAGCCGAGGCUGUCCCUACACCUACCUGCCCCGCGAGCAGGAUGCCUAUGGGGUGAAGGUGAAGCGGAAGCGUGGCAUGCCGGACCUGCUGGAGGAGCUGUCGGGUGCAGACCCAUACGGGAUCGAGGCCAAAAGGAGGAAACCGCCCCCAGGGUUCAUGGAUCACUUCGCUCCGCUUCCGGCUGCAGGUGGGGACACUGGGGAUGUGGGGACACUGGGGAGAGUGACAUCACUGCCCCUUGGUGUCCCCACGGUGUCCCCAAAGUCCUGUGGGUUAAAAGAUCAAUCCCUUUUUUGGUGUUUUUGUCAGAAAAAGGACCCGGCGCAGUUCCUGCAGGUGCACGGCCGUGCUUGUAAGGUGCACCUGGACUCGGCCGUGGCGCUGGCGGCAGAGAGCCCCGUCAACAUGAUGCCGUGGCAGGGAGACACCAACAACAUGAUCGACCGCUUCGACGUGCGGGCGCACCUGGACUACAUCCCCAUGUACACCCCCCCGCUGCUCAACCCCGUGUAA